UAAACACCCGGGUGUUAGAGGUCGGCACUUGGAAGGGAAGCGGUUCUCAGCUGUUUACGAGUUAGCGACACGCAGAGUUUUCUUGAAGUCUCUGCGGAGCCCCUGGGUAAGACCCCAUAGUGAAGGCUGCAGAAUCUUCCUUCAGGCCUCAGCAGCUCUGGUUGAGUCCAUGGGUGCCCACCUGGCCUCGGGCUCCCAGGAAGAGCAGAGCUGUCAGCAAGAGAGCCUGGGGGCUGAGGCCCAGCAAGAAGAUGCCAGCCAACUGGAGCUCUCCCCAGUGGUCCCCAGCCCUGGCUGCAGAGGGACAUGGCAGCAUGUGUGAGGGUCUUGGUGCUCCAGCCAAGUGUCAGGCCUGUGCCUCUGAGGUGGGAAAGCCGAGAUCAGGACAUUGGACCACCAGAGACCUCCCAGCUCCACGUAAUAUCAAACAGUGAAAGCUCUCCCAGAGAUCUCCAUCUCAAAGCUAAGAGCCAGCUCCAUUCAACAACCAGCAAGCUACAGUGCUGGACACCCUACAACUAGCAAGGCAGGAACACAACCCCACCCAUUAGCAGAGAGGCUGCCUAAAAUCAUAAUAAGGUCCCAGACACCGCAAAACACCACCGGACACGGUUCUGCCCACCAGAAAGACAAGAUCCAGCCUCAUCCACAAGAACACAGGCACCAGUCUCCCCCACCAGGAAGCCCGCACAACCCACUGAACCAACCUUAGCCAGUGGGGGCAGACACCAAAAACUACGGGAACUACGAACGUGCAGCCUGCAAAAAGGAGACACCAAACACAGUAAGUUAAGCAAAAUGAGAAGACAGAGAUAUACACAGCAGAUGAAGGAGCAAGGUAAAAACCCACCAGACCAAACAAAUGAUGAGAAAAUAGGCAGUCUACCUGAAAAAGAAUUCAGAGUAAUGAUAGUAAAGAUGAUCCAAAAUCUUGGAAAUAGAAUGGAGAAAAUACAAGAAACGUUUAACAAGGACCUAGAAGAAUUAAAGCGCAAAGAAACAAUGAUGAACAACACAAUAAAUGAAAUACAAAAUUCUCUAGAAGGAAUCAAUAGCAGAAUAACUGAGGCAGAAGAACGGAUAAGUGACCUGGAAGAUAAAAUAGUGGAAAUAACUACCACAGAGCAGAAUAAAGAAACAAGAAUGAAAAGAAUUGAGCUCCCAGCCCCGCCCACCCCGGCGGGUGAGCAGACAAGCCUCUCGGGCUGAUGUUGAACUAUCCUUGUGUCUCUGGAAUAAACCCCACUUGAUCAUGACUUUUUUUUUAACAUCUUUAUUGGGGUAUGAUUUCUUUACAAUGGUGUGGAUCAUGACUUCUUUAGAACUACAAGCUCCUGAACUGCUUUCAUCCACUGAUCUUCUUUCUAAGUUACAAGAGAAGACAGCUUUACCAAAUCUUUUAUUUCAAAACAUUGAACUUCUGUUUUCCACCUUCCAAGGGUUUCCAGAAAGGAAGCAAAACCACAGACUUGUCAACUGUCAGAGAGUUUAGAUACUUCAAGUUCUGAAAGUGAAGCAGAGAGUGAACCAGAACAAGUUUCUGGUUACAACAGACUACUUGCCACAUUAAAGGAUGUUUCCAAGGAAGAUGAGGAGGAGGAAGAGGAAGAAGAAGACAGUGUUAUAGAUGAGACAGAAAUGAAUCUUGAAGAUGGCGAUAGUGACAUCAGUGUGGAGGAAGAGACGGCAGUAGCGUCUACUGACAUGCAGAAGAAUGCGGCCUUACCUGCUGACCCUAAGGGAAAAGAUGGGCACGGGCCACCUGGCACAUCAGAGGAAUCCCCAGAGGAGUUUACAGAUGCAAAACAUGAGUCACUCUUCAGCCUAGAAACCAACUUUCUCGAAGAGGAAAGAGAAGGCAACUGUUCUCUGAAAGCAUUACAAGAUCCAUUUGCACAACAUGUAAACAAAGAACUGAAAGAAAAAGAAAUCCAGGCUGUUGCCACAAAUCCCAAAACUACCCACCAGCUAAAAUGGCCCAUCCUGGGCCAGCUUGUCUUUUCAUCCAGGUUUCAACAGUUGGAAACCGGAAACCUUUAAACCCCCAAAGGACAUUGACUUAAAGUCACUUCAUCUCCAGAAGCCUCUGGAAUCCACCUGGAUCAAGACCAACAGCCAGUUCCUCUCUGGUCCCCCAAAUUCAAGUAGCCCCUUCACACCCCUCCAGAAAGAGCUCUUCUUAAUUAUGAAUUCUUACCGGGACCUGUUCUACCCAGAAAGGACUGCCCUGAAGAAUGGGGAAGAGAUCCGCCACGUGUACUGCCUGCAUGUGAUAAAUCACGUCCUCAAAGCCAAUGCCCAGGUGCUUACCAACAACAGCAGGUGCCGAAGCCAGAAACUUGGGGUGGGUGAUGAUGAUGACUUCAGGGACCAAGGGCUAACGAGGCCCAAGGUGCUGAUAGUGGUGCCAUUCCGGGAAGCUGCUUUGCGGGUGGUACAGCUCUUCAUCAGUCUUCUUGAGGGCGACAGCAAGAAGAAAAUAAUUGUAGGCAACAAAAAGAGGUUUAAUGGAGAGUAUGGCUCAGAUCCCGAGGAGAGACCACCCAACCUGAAGAGGCCUGAGGAUUAUGAAGCUGUAUUUGUCGGCAACAUCGAUGACCACUUCAGGACUGGAGUGGCAAUACUGCAGAGAAGCAUCCGACUUUAUGCCCCCUUCUAUUCGUCAGACAUCCUCAUUGCCUCCCCUCUGGGCUUGAGGACCAUCAUUGGUGGAGAAGGAGAGAAGAAGAGAGAUUUUGACUUUCUGUCUUCUAUUGAGCUUCUCAUCAUUGAUCAAGCUGACAUUUACCUGAUGCAGAACUGGGAGCAUGUCUUGCAUUUGAUGAACCACAUGGACCUACUGCCCUUGGACUCACAUGGGGUGGACUUUUCUCGAGUGCGCAUGUGGAGCCUCAAUAAUUGGUCCAAGUACUAUCGUCAGACGCUGCUGUCUGGGGCCCUGCAGGAUGCCCAGAUCAACUCUGUGUUCAUCAAAUACUGCGUCCAUGGGCAAGGCCAGGUGGCUGUGAGGAACGUCCCGAUGACAGGCUGCAUCAGUCAUGUCCUGGUGCUGCUCCCACGUGUCUUCCAGAGGAUGGAAGCUGAAAACCUAGCUUCAGUGAUUGAUGCCAGGUUUAACUUUUUCGUCAACAAGAUUUUGCCUCAGUAUCGUGAUGCAGUCAUGUCUCACACGCUUAUCUAUGUCCCCUCCUACUUGGACUUUGUGCGUCUCCGAAAUUACUUCAAGAAGGAGGAACUGAACUUCACUCAUAUCUGCGAGUGUGCCCAGAAGUCUGGUGUCUCCAGGGCCAGACACUUCUUCCUUCAAGGAGAGAAGCAGUUCCUGCUCCUCACAGAGCGCUUCCAUUUCUACAAAAGAUACACAAUAAAAGGCAUCAGGAACCUGAUUUUCUAUGAACUGCCAACAUAUCCCCACUUCUACAGUGAAGUCUGUAACAUGUUGCAAGCCACCACCAGAGGAGAGGAAGCUGCCUGGACCUGCACUGUCCUCUGCUCCAAGUACGAUGCCCAGAGGUUGGCUGCUGUGGUCGGGGUCGAGCGGGCUGCACAGAUGCUGCAGUCCAAGAAGAACGUCCACCUCUUCAUUACUGGAGAGAGAUGAGAAUUGGUUGGACAGGAAAUGGUGUUUGGUGUGAUAUGUCAUGCUUGGUUCUGUGUCACUUGGACCUGAUUCUGAUCACUUACACAAAGAAGGGCUGCAACAAGGAAGGAGCACCAGGCAGGUUCUUAUCAGAUACUUCUUUCUUUUCAGAUCAUAUAUACCUGAAAAGUUCAGUGUAAACCAGAUUUUGGUAAAACCCAUCUUUCAGAGGUCAGGGGAAAGCUCAUGGGACUCUGAGAAGUUGAUAGAAGGAAACUUCUACUUGUGAAUUUUUUUGGACGCCAUAAAUUCUUUUGUUGUGACUUCACCUCUAAUUUAUUACACUUGGUAAAUUCUUAAAAAAAAAAGAACGAAAAGAAUUGACUCAAUCUACACUACCAACUCUGCAGGGGUAGUGUGAAAGCAGCAUAGACAAUAUGUAAACAAAUGAGUGU